AUGCCCCGAGUCGCGGAAGGGCGCCAUGGGCCGGAGCAGGAGAACCCAGCGAAGCUGGAGUCUGAGCCCGCCCCCGCGCGGCCCGCUAGGGGCACCAGGACAGGCAAGGUCCGGGAGACCAGGAAGGCCGAGAAGGCUGAGAGAAAACCUCUGUAUCUGACAAACUUACCAACGGCCCUGAUAAAGUUUGGCGGUUUUCAGAAAAAGGGAAAAACCGAGACCCCCCACAUUACCCAGAAGCCAGCAAAAGCGGAAGUCGGUUCGGAGGAGCCCUGCGGGUUAGGCUGCAUAGUGAUCCCCUGCUGUCAGAUGUUUAAUGACAUUCGCGUCUAUAUGGUUUUCUACUGCGUCCUGGUCAUGUCUCAAGGUGUUAUGUUUGGUCUUGUAGACCUGAGCGUUACCAAUUUCCAAAAGGACUAUAUUCUGAAACCCAUUGAAAAUUUUGCAUUGUCAUUCAGUUAUGAAGUUUCAUCUGGCCUGGUAGCAAUAUUCAUCGCAUUCUAUGGAGAAGGGAAUAAGAAAAUAAAAUGGAUUGUAGUUUCCUCCCUUUUAAUGGGAUUUGGAUCACUUUUAUUUGCUUUGCCAUUCAGUAAUAGCAGAUAUGAUCAAUGGAAGGUAGAAACUGAAGAUAUUUGCAAAGCAACAAAGGUUACCAGUGCUUGCCGGAGAGACAUACCAUCUUUCAAAUCGAAAUACGUAUCUUGCUUCAUUGGUGGGCAGAUUGUGCAUGGAAUAGCAGGAAUGCCUCUUCAUAUCCUUGGAAUAACCUUUCUUGAUGACAGCACUGAGACACACUCACUUGGUUUCUAUAUAGGUAUUGCAGAUGCUUCAUCAACGCUUGGAUAUGCUUUAGGUUAUGUGAUAGGAGCACCACUAGUUAAGGCCUCUGAGAAUAGUACUUCUGAGAUAAACACUGAAAACGGUAAUGAUAAUCAACAACGGAUGUGGCCUUGGUGGAGUGAGUUUCUUUCUGUCGCUCUUAUUGCAUGGUCUACAUUAAUACCACUGUCAUGCUUUCCACGCAGUAUUUCAGGUACGGAAAAGAUAAAGGCUGAGAAACAGAAACAACCUCAAUUCCUUUACAGCAGACUUAAAAAUACAGAAGUUGAAAUAACUAUCAAGAAUUUGCCUGCUGCUCUUUGGAUUCUGAUAAAGAAUCCAAUAUUUGUGUGCCUAGCUCUGUCUAAAGCUGCAGAAAAUUUAGUUCUGAUUGGCGUUUCUGAAAUUUUGCCUGUAUAUAUAGAAAAUCAGUUUAUAUUAACACGCAGUUUUGCAACUACAAUUUCAGGACUUGUUUUACUUCCAGGAAGUGCACUUGGCCAGCUUCUGGGAGGUGUCAUUGUUUCCACAUUAGAAAUGUCUUAUAGAGCCCUUGUGAUAUUUGUAAUGGUUACAUCUACUGUAUCACUUAUACUACUUGGGUUUAUAAUUUUUAUACGCUGUGAUCCAGGGAAGUUUGCUGGGAUCACUGAAGACUAUGAUGGAACAGGGCAGUUGGGAGACCUCACAGCUCCUUGCAAUGAACAAUGUAGCUGCUCAUCUUCAGUUUAUAGUUCUGUCUGUGGAAGAGAUGAUAUUGAAUAUUUUUCUCCCUGCUUUGCAGGCUGUACAUAUUCUAAAAUGUUAAACAAACAAAAGGUGUACUACAAUUGUUCUUGCAUUAAAGAGGGAUUAAUAAUUGCAGAUGGAGAAGGUGAAUUUAUUGAUGCCAGACCUGGGAAAUGUGAUGCAAAAUGCUAUAAAUUACCUUUGUUCAUUGCUUUUGUCUCUUCUGUAAUUAUAUUUUCUGGCUUUUCUGGCGUACCACUCACCAUGGCCAUCAUUCGGAUUUUACCUGACAAACUGCGUUCUCUGGCCUUGGGUAUGAGCUUUGUGACCAAAAGAAUAUUUGGGAGUAUUCCUGGACCACUAGCUUUUCAAUUUUCGGUAGAAAAUUCUUGUACUUUUCGGGAUAUCAAUAAAUGUGGACACACGGGACGUUGCUGGAUCUAUAACAAAACAAGAAUGGCCUACCUAUUGGUGGGAAUAUGUUCUCUUUGCAAAAUAUUGACUGUCACCUUUACUACUAUCGCAUUUGUCAUAUACAAUCGGUUUUUAAAGAGAGGCUCCCACACGACACCUAUAACUAUGAAGAAAAUGAAAGCAAAAAGAAAAAACAAAGGAAAGAAGUAA